AUGGGAAAUGGACAAGACUGGAUAAGACAGGAGGUCAAGGUGGAAGAGAGGAGAGCCCGGCAUGGUCCUUCUCUCAGCCUGAUUGCUCUGCUGGUCUCACUUCCUGGAGGGAAUCAGGCCAUGACUUGGAUCCUGCUUCUGUGGCUGUCACCUGCAUAUCUGCAAGCUGGUAACUCAGCAGGAUCCAACAAAGUAAAGGAUUUUGGGGUCAACCAAACAGCCCGCCUCUCUGGUGUCCAGGGCGGCUCCAUCGAGAUCCCCUUCUCCUUCUACUUCACCUGGGAGUUGGCAAAGGACCCACAGAUGACGAUUUACUGGAGAUGGAAGCACUUCCAUGGGGAAUUUAUCUACAACUCCUCCUCGGGUUUCAUACACGAGCACUUCAAGGAUCGCCUUGUAUUGAGCUGGACACAGCCUCAGACAUCCGGAGUCCUCAGAAUCCUAGACUUGAAGGAGAAGGACCAGACAAUGUACUUCUGCCGAGUUCAACUGAACACAAUAACCCACACGGAGAAGUGGCAGUCGAUUCCUGGAACCCACCUCACCAUCACCCAUGGUACAGAAUGGAAGAAGAGUGGGAAGAAUCAGCCCCUGAAUCUGGGAACCAAAGUUGGGUUGGCAGUGGCUGCUGCUGUACUCCUGGCUGGCGUUUUGGGAUUGAUAGUGUUCCUCGGGUGGAGGAGAAGGAAAAGACAGAGGACUAAAGCCGAAACCCCAGCCAGGGACCUCAUUGAAAACACUGAGAAGGUUGAACCUGAAGGGCAAUAUAUGGACCCCAAAGAGAACCCCAAGGAUAACAACAUCGUGUACGCCUCCAUUGCCCUCUCAAGCUCAGCCUCUCCAGGAACACCACCCUGCCAGCCCGUCCAUGGGAACCCCCAGGAAGAGACUGUGUACUCCAUCAUAAAGGCCAAAUGAGUGGGUCUGGGUGACGAUCUCAGAGUCACCUGUGUUUCUAGUAGGAAGACUCCCAGCUUCCACUAAUACCCACAGCCAGAGACAAAAUCUCUUGGGUCUCUGAUACCCAUGGCCAGAGACAGAAAUCCACACGUCAGGGCGUUUGA